AUGGCACAUGCGCAUCCAAGUGCCAACUUCUCGCACCACGAGACACGUCUCCCGAGUGACGGCUGGUCAAGUUCGGGGGAACCCUUGACGGAGAACACAUCGAACCAACUCACUCCGCACACAUACAGCGCUGGAAGGAUGGCACCCGAACUGAACGAAAAGAACGGGAUUGAUGAAGAAGAAGCUGCUCUUUAUGAUCGACAGAUAAGGCUUUGGGGGGUCGAGGCCCAAAAUCGGAUGCGAAGAAGCUCCGUUCUGAUGAUCAAUCUCAGGGGAAUUUCUACCGAAGCCUGUAAGAAUAUCGUCCUGGCUGGAGUAGGCUCGAUCACCAUUUUGGACCCGAAUGACGUAUCGCCCGAAGAUUUAGGCGCUGGGUUUUUCUUUCGCGAGGAGGACAUUGGCCAAAAGCGUGUGGAAGUUGCUCAAAAAAGAGUGAACAGUUUGAACCCUCGAGUCAACGUCAUUGGACUCACGUGCGACCUUGAGUCGAAAAUCGACGAAGAUGGCUUUCUGGCAAGCUUUGACAUCGUUUGUCUAACUGACUCUAGCUCAUCGGUGAUUGAAAAGGUCAACUCGAUUUGUAGACGCUUUCAAAAACCUUUUUUCGCUGCAGCCAGUCUAGGUAUUCAUGGUUACAUUUUUGCGGAUUUACUCGAUCACGCGUAUAUAAGUGAAAGGGAAAAGACGUUGGACAACGGUGAAAUCAAGAAAACCUCUGAAAAACGAAUCCAACAAUUUGUACCAUUUGAUGUUGUCCAGAAAGCCCAGCUAAAUCACGUCACACCGAAGCGGGUUAAAAAGGUUUCGCCAUUGUUGUGGGCUUCUCUAGCCUUAUUCGAACUUCAGUCACGUCAUAACAUCAACUAUCCCGAAGGCGAUGAGCAUGCUUCAGAGUUAAUCAACAUCUCAGACAAGCUUUUGGAAACCCGUGGAAUCGAUAAAUCACUUCUACCACAGGACCUGUUGAGACAGCUAGCAAUAACCUCUCGGGCCGAGUUCAUCCCCUCUUGUGCGGUUAUUGGAUCGAUUCUGUCACAGGAAGUAUUGAAUGCACUGGGUGGCAAACAAGCCCCAUUAGCCAAUUUCCUCGUCUUUAAUGGGGAAAAAUGUGCGGGUGACAUCUACGCUCUGGGGAUUCAAAGAACUCAAUCAUAAGUAUAUAUAUAAAUCAAUGUGAUCAUGAUCCUCAGAUAGUCAGAUUCUUUUCAAAUCAGGUCGACCUCAACUUAACUUGUAUCUUAUAUCUGGGUUUCUCGUUCUUUGACUUUCUUUUCGUUAGUCAAGGGAAGUGCAAACGAGGGCUGGAUGCAAGAAUCCGAACAUAUUUCAUGAUGGUCUUGAUAGGUUGAAGACCAGUCACCCUACAU